UGGCGGAUGAUUUAGAGAAAUCUAUUGAAGAUCAGAAGGCCAAGUUGGCACGAGAUAAGGCAGAACUUGAAAAUGAUCCACCUUACAUGGAAAUGAGGAAUAAGGAAUCGGAGAAGCUUUCUGAGACCAGCAAAAUGUUAAUCUCCAUGGCUAAAGAAAAUAUACCUCCAAAUAGUCAACAGAAUUAUCCUUUAGGUAACUAUGGCUUAAGUUUACCUCUUGGAGAAGAAUAUGAACGAAAAAAACAUAAGCUCAAAGAGGAACUUCGACAAGAUUAUAGGCGAUAUCUUUCUCAGGGUAUUUCACAGGCAAAAAGAAAGAAAAAUUAUCUGACUACUGGUGAAGUAGAUCCAUAUACUCAGGGAUUAUCUCUUCCUAUUGAUGAGCGAAGGUCUGCCAAGGAGAAACUACGGCUUGAAAGAAACAAGGAGUACAAUCAGUAUCUCAGGGAUAAAGAAGAAUGGAAUGAAAGGCUAAGGAAAUUAGGGAAGAAAAACACAGAGAAUGAGAUGGACAGGAAUAAAAACCCUAUUGCUGUUACCAGGCUCCAGCCAGAGCUACAUACAGAAGUACAGCCCUGUAAUACAGGUGUAGAACCUCCCAAGAAGGAUGCCUUUACUUCUACAGAAGGUUAUGAAGAGCUGCUAAAUAAGAGAUGGCUGGAGGAAGACAGGUAUCAUAGGUUAGAUGAUGAGGUUGAAUUAAGAAGUCGACUAUUAAAUAAAAGACUUGAUGAAGAUUUGGAUGUUCCCAGUCGAAGACAUCGUGGAUUUGCUAGCCAAUCUGUAAUUCCUAUUAGGAAGCAUCACAGACUUGAUGAGGAUCGUGAUUUUGGUAGAAGAUACUACAGAAUGGACUAUGAUCCUGAGAUAAGUGAAGAAAUGGACCCUAGAUUUAGAUGUGAAAGCGCUUAUGACAGAAAAACUCCCCGGGUUUUUUAUGCUGAAAGGCCCUAUCUGGAUGGAAUAGUAAGAGAUCUACCUGCAGAUUAUGAAGAUGAAUUAAAGGAAAGAGCACGUGUGCAGCAGAUCUCAAGAACUGGAAAUUCUAGAAAUCAGGUACAAAUUAGUUCUUCAGCUAAUGAACCAUCCAAGUCUGCACCUGAAAUGCCGUAUGCAACAGGCCUUGUUCUUGGUGGUCAGGACCAGGAACUUCUCCAAAGGAAAAAAGAGAAAUACAGGCAAGAACUAAUAGAACAGAUGGCUGAGCAACAGCGAAAUAAGAGACGUGAGAAGGAACUUGAGCUCUCAGUUGCUGCUUCUGGAGCUCAAGACCCAGAAAAGACGCCAAAUAGAUUGAAGCAGUUUGGCAUGACAGUGAGAGCUUCUGAAGAGAGAGUACCUCCUGAAAGGCCUAGGGUGGCUUUCCAAACUCCAGUGCCUGUCCCUUCAGCCUCUCCAGUGAAUGAAGACUUUCACAGGGGGCUAGCCAGCACUCUUGGUGAAAUAGCAGCACCCAGGCUUGCACCGAUGCCACCGCCUCCACCACCAGUUUUGACAGACAACUAUAGAACACCUUACGAUGAUGCAUAUUACUUUUAUGGGGUUAGGAAUCCUUUGGAUCCCAGUCUUGCAUAUUAUGGUGCAGGUAUGAUGGGAAUGCAAGCCACACCUAAUCUGGAUCCUCCUUUAGGCCAAGCCCCAGUAGAGCAAUCUGUGUAAGUAUUAGGUAACACUGGACAGAGGAAUACAGGAGACAGACAAAGAAGCACAGGAGUAUUUUCUGAAGAAAAAACAAAGCCUUCCAAAGAGGCAACAUUAUCUUAUCAACAAGAAUUACAGCAGCAGAUUAGAGAGAGAGAGGAACGACGGAGACGAGAGAGAGAGGAGAAGGAACGCUAUGAAGCCAAGUUAGAAGCAGAAAUGAGGAAUUACAACCCCUGGGGAAAAGGUGGUGGUGGUGCUCCUCUCAGAGAUGCAAAAGGAAAUCUGAUAA